CUUGCUUCUUGCUUUUCUAGGCAUAACUCGUUUACAGUACGUCAAAAUUUGGCUAAUAACUUGAGAAAAGAAGUUUUCUGAUUUAGUUUUUAUGCAUCACUUUUACUCGAAAUUGGUCUAAGCUUGUAGGUCGCACCUCCAAGAUUCUGGACAACUCCGGUGAGUUGCUUGCAUUUCCAUGGUCUUGCUUUAUUGCUAUCAGUAGUUGUUUUGAAUAUAGUUUUAGCUAAAUUUUGGUACAUAUUAGUAAUUGUACAUGAUUUACAUUAAUAAUUGUACCCGAUUUACACACUCAUUGUCGCUUUGAUGAAUUUUUUCUUAAGGUAUCAAAAAUGAUUGUAAUUUUGAAGUGGACUUUGCACUCAUGUGUUUGAUGAUAUGUCUAAGUCAUCUUCUUUGGAGUAUUCUGUUGUCCUCCUCCUAUUUGGGGUAAAUCUCUAGGGGCAUCUGAGCAAGGACUCUUUUAGAAGAAAGUAUUAUCUUUCUUUGAGCAUUCUGGGGCCAAUUUAUGGACUUGAGUAACCAUCUGACUGUUACCAUCUUCCACACACUAAAGAUGUAGGGUAUGAUUGUUAGUUACAUGUUAUUGAUAUUAUUAUUUUUCUUUGUUUGGUAGGUUGUUCUACCUUAUCCUUUGAAAUUGCAGAACAGUAAGAGUACACGAAUAAUCCAGUGUAGUAUUAAUGGCCGCUUUGCGCACUAUCCCUUUUUUGUUCUUAUAGACUUAUUUACUCACCUGAGAAAAUCUGAGGAACAUCUUGAUACUGAAAAUACUGUAAAAAUUACGGAUGAUAUAAUAGACUCCCAUCGACCUUUUUGUUUUUCCUUUGGAAUUGGAAUACUACAAGCUUGAAUUUCUUUUGAUUUCUUAUGCAUUGCACUUAGAAAUAUACUUUCUCUGUGAAAAAUCAUCCUCCUUGUUAUUCAUUUGAAGGGAUCCAUUGCAGGCGAUGGUCUUUCGUCAUGAUUCUAUUAUAAAUUUCUUCAUCUUAAAGUCAGUGAUUCAUUUGCUUUGAUUUUGCUUCUUCCAGACCUAUUUCCAAGCCAAAAGAGGAAGAAUUUGCCUCCUUUUCGCUUAAGAGUUGAUGGAAAAUGUGGUUCCAUCAAAUUUCUUUUACAAGUUUAUUUAAUUGAGAGAUUUCUUCUAUUCUAUCAUAUUUAACUCUUGGAUUGUAAUUCAUGUACGGUGACUGAACUUCUACAUAGGGUGAUAAUAGCAUAAAGAUAAGCUUAGCUUAAAUAGCUGGUGAUCAUACGAGAUAUAGCCUACAUUCCGAGUUUCUUCGCCUUGUACGUUGUGAAAAUUGCCUUUCCCCCUCUCCUAUGUGUUAUUUUGAGCUUAAAUUUUUCUGCUCCUCAUAUCUCAAGGAUGUAGUUGAGGUUUCUUAAAAUAGUUCUGUAGAUUUUAUCUUUUGCUAACUCAGGAGUAUAAAAAUAAUUUUGCUUUUAACAAAUUAUGGCAACUUUUAGUGGCCUUUUUUGUGUUUCCAGAACAUUUUUUCUUUGUUGUAGUGACAUGUAUUUUAAAUGUAUUUGUGUCAUGCCAUCAACAUAGUGGACAUACAAUUUAAAUAGAAAUGAGAGUUUGGGUGUACGAGCAUGGGUAGUUUUGAAUUGUCAAUUUAGAUCAUACUUUAGUCUUAGGAUGUAAUGUCAACGGUUGUAAAACACGUGUCUUUCCCCUUUACCCAAUAAAGAAAGAAGUAGUUUUAUCAAUACACCUCAUUUAAAUCCUAAACCAGAUAGAAUUCGAAUGUCAAUUUCUAUUAUAUAGAAAAAGCAACAGAUUUGGGUGAAGCUCUAAGCCUCUAUCCGGUCUAGAUGACAAAUAGACAGUCGAAAUUCAUCGGUUGAAGCUCGGUAAGCUUUUACUAUUAGCUUUUGUGUUGCUAAUUCUAUUUAUUCAUAGCAAAACGAUUUCCAAUAUCAGGCUAAGAAUUGCUAGGUGUUCCACAAGAAGACAUCACUCAUUGAGGCUCCACCUUUCUUGCCUUCUCUGGUUGACAUGAAUCCAUCAAAGUCUGAAAUGGGAGCAACUUCAAAGAAUGUACAUCAUGCAUAUAUUCAACCUGGUGCUUUAGCAAGGGGAAGAGGACACAACUUUGGAUCUUUGGGAUCUGUAAAAAUAAGUAUUGGAAAGAGAACUUUGAUUGGCGAAAGUAAAAAUCACAACUCAACAGCUUUUGAUCAGAAUAAGCUUGCACAUAAUAAUAAUCUUGUGCCCCCUGGUUUCGCUUCGAUGGAAGACGAUGCUCCCCUUGCUCAAGACGCUGAAGCGAAGCAAGAAACAGGAGGAGCUUUGAAGAAUGUAAAUCUUGCAUACAUUCAACCUGCGUCUUUAGCAAGGGGACGAGGGCAAAGCUUUUGAUCUUUGGGCUCUGCAAAAGUAAAUGUUGACAAAAAAAAUCUGUUUGGAGAGAUUAAAAAUUACAACUCAGGGGCUUCUAGGCAGAAUAAGCUAGCACAUAAUAGUAAUAAUCUUAUGCCUCCUGGUUUUGAUAUGAUGGAAGAAGAUGUUCCCUUCACUCAAGAAGCUGAAAUGAUGCAAGAAGUUGGAGCUACUUCGAAGAAUGUACGAGACACUUGCAGUCAACCUGGUGCUUUAGCAAGGGGAUGCGGGCAAAACGUUAGAUCUGUGGGCUCGGCAAAAGGAAGCGUUGGAAAGAGAAAUCUUGUUGGGGAAAGUAAAAGUCACAACUCAGCAGCUUGUGAGCAGAAUAAGCUAGCACAUAAUAGUAAUAAUCUUAUGCCUCCUGGUUUUGAUAUGAUGGAAGAAGAUAUUCCCUUCACUCAAGAAGCUGAAAUGAUGCAAGAAACUGUAGCUACUUCGAAGAAUGUACGAGACACUUACAAUCAACCUGGUGCUUUAGCAAGGGGACGCGGGCAAAACGUUAGACCUGUGGGCUCGGUAAAAGGAAGCGUUGGAAAGAGAAUUCUUGUUAGGGAAAGUAAAAAUCACAACUCAGCAGCUUCUGAGUAGAAUAAGCUAGCACGUGAUAGUAAUAAUCUUAUGCCUCCUAGUUUCGAUCCGAUGGAAGACGAUGUUUGUCUCGCUCAAGAAGAUGAAAUGAUGCAAGAUCUAUGUGAAUCUGCAAACCCAAAAGAGGUGAGAGAAAAGAAUAGAAAUAAAGAUGUUGCGGGACUCAAACCUGGAGAAAAGUUUAGAGUCAACUUUUACCACAAUCGGGUUGUUGGGAAGCAUCAAGCCUUAUUUUUGAGACACUUGGGUAUAUUAGUUCGUGAUCGUAAUAUGUGUCCGUUGCAAGUACAUUCAUGGAAGGACAUCGGAGAAGAUAAGCUGGAACACAUGUGGCGAGCUAUUACGGACAAAUUUGACAGUGAUGACAUGAAUCAUCGAAGUGAUCAUGUGUUAAAUCAUAUGAGAAAGUUAUGGAACAAUUGGAGAGGAUCAUUGCACAAGUAUGUGAAGUUUAAGCCAUUGCAUGAAGCACUAAAAGAUGUCCCGGAAGAGGUAGACGAGAGUGAUUGGAAAUGGUUGGUCAAGGAACAUUUUUUAAGUGAAAAAUUUAAGGAAACAAGUAUUAGAAACUCGAUCAAUAGGUCUAAGUUGAGAACGCCUCAUCGUACGGGUAGCAAGCCGAUUAGAGAAAUUAUUUACGAACUGGGAGGCAAAGACGGUAAUCCACCGAACAUGGCGACUAUCUUCUUUGAGACUCACAAGAAAAAUCACACGCUUGUAGAGCCUGAAGCCGGUGAAAAAUAUGCUGAGAUACAAGAACUGGUACAAUCUGAGCCAUCUCUUACGAAUAUCGAGGUAGUAGAAAGAUGCUUCGGACCUCAAAACAAGAGUCACGUGGUUGGAUUAGGGGGUGGUAUAACCACUAAGGAGUUGAAAGGCGGUAGCUCCUCAAAGGCUGCAAUACUGGCUGAGCUGAAUGCAGUUCGAAAAGAAAAAGAAUCACUACAGACCGAGCUGAAUGCAACUAAAAAAGCAAAAGAAUCACUAGAAAUACGUAUGGACGACAUAGAUUCUAAGUAUGCACAUAUUAUCAGCUUACUGGGUGAUCAGCCUUCAUCAGCACCAUCUUCAAGUCAACAAAGUACAAGCUGAAAUUAGUAUUUAACAGAUUAGAAAAAGGGCCUGAAGUUUGAAGAAUCUUCUAUAAAGAUAGUUCCGAGCAAGUUGAAGCAGCUAGAAUUGUUGAAGACCAAGGAAAAUCUAUUAUGUUUUAUUAGGAGUUGUAGUCGUCAUCCGUACAAACUACUAUUUUACUUUCUCUUUAAUUUUUUGUUUUCUUUAAGGAAUUGAAAACAUGGAUCAUGCAAUUUGGAUGUAAUAUUAGUGCUACACUUUGAUUA